AUGGAACAACUUAGAGAAGAAUUCAAAGAUGGUGAAGUUCCUCAAGAACUUCUCAAGUACCGUGCGGAGAGCAACGAAGGGUUGAAUGGAGAGUGGAAAAUUCUCGAUGACCACCGUUCAGAUGGAUUAAAUGUAAUAACAAAUUUUUUCGGUUUAGACCCCAAAGACAGAGCAACCUGGGAGUGGUGCCUGCACAUCAGCUCUCCUCGCGUGUUUCCUCACCCUCCAAUUGAAAAGAUGGCCCCCGGAUGCUCUGAGGGGACAUUUCUAGCAGCAGAAAUUGACGGCAUUCUCUUUGCUAAAUAUCAAAUGGAAAGAGGCACACUGUACAUGACUCGAAUUCUAUUGAAAGAAGAUCCGGAGGGAAAGGAGACGGGCCCCAUUACAAUGGCUCAGUACUGCGUUGUCUCGAAGGAAGGCGAGAAGCACACACGUUCGAUAGUUCAGGGCUUAUGGGAGGGGUGA